CACAGGCCGCGGUCACCGAGGACGAUGUCUUGGCAAAAACACACUUUUCUCUGGAUCAUCUUCUGUGCUACAUGCCAGAUAAUGUGUGAACAGCAAAAAUCCAAAGCCUGUCCAGCUAUAAAACUGACAUGUAAUACGCUGAAUGGGAACCGAUGCAAAAUGAAUGGCAAAAACUACCCAUCUACCGAUGGAAAAUGCAAAACGCCAUCAGGAAAACCAAUUCAAUUAAAAAUAACAAAAGGACGGGGUUUAUCAGGCCUAUAUAAAGUAAUAACGAAUGAGAUCAUUGACCCAGACGUGUUGUUCCUGUCAGAUCAGCUGCAAAAUCUGCGAUCAGUUGACUGUACGAAUUUAACAGGGCACUCUGGACAACCAGUCGUGACAAUCAUCGAUACCGGAAGCGAAUAUCUUCUGCAUGUGAAAGGGACUCAAGCUGUGUGUGUUACAUGCAGCAGUCCAUCUCUGACCAUCAAUUCAUCAACGCCAUCGACUUCAACAGCAACCAUCAGUGCUUCAGAAGCGUCAGAUUUAAUGAGUGGCUUUGAGACCAUAGUGGACGAAAUGGAGAAAAACAAUGAAAGUACUGAAGAGAUUGUCAUGGAAGUUGUUAAAGGUCUCGUGUACAGACAGGACAGGAACACAGAACCCAAAGACGUCACCAUGUUCUCCUCAUCAGAUCAGGAUGAGAUAAGUGUUACUCAAAAUAUCGGGCAGAAACAGUAUUCCUGGUUAGUAAAAAUCUCAGCGGAGGCAUUCAAUAAAUCCCGUCUGGAAAACAACGGAAGCGCAUUUGUUGGAGUUCUUCAGUUCAAAAACAUGGACGUCAAUGAAGAAGAUCAAAAUCACACUGUUUUGAAUAAUGAGGUUUAUGGAAUAUCGAUGGGAGCCAAUAUCUCAAAUCUUACUGACAAUAUUGAGAUAAUCAUCCGAGCUGGAAAUCUGGUUGUUGAAAAUCCUUCGGUUUGGUCUUGCAAUUCCUGGGACGGCAGAGGAAACCUGAAGUGGACAACAUUCGGCUGUGACACACAAAUAAUCAACAUGACAAUCAUCAAGUGCUCAUGUUCACAUCUGACGUUCUUCGCGGUGCUGAUGUCGAUUCCCAAUGCAGACAUCCCCUCAUCUCAUGUGGACUCAUUGACUUAUAUCUCUUCUAUUGGUUGUGCUUCAUCCAUGUUUUUUCUGGGCAUCGCUCUGUUCAUGCAUUGCUUGUUACGGAAAAACAAAUCGAGCCAGUCCACGAAGAUCCUGAUCAAUAUGUUUGUGGCUUUAUUUACGCUGAAUUUAUCGUUUUUGUCCAACGAGAGCAUCGCCGACACACAGUCCAGCUCGGUAUGCACUGUCAUAGCGUUGAUCAUGCACUACUCUAUGCUGUCAACAUUCACCUGGUUCUUCCUUCAAGCUCUUCAUGUGUAUUUCUGGCUCAUCCGACAAAAUAUCACCAUCCAAAACUAUAUGAAGAAGAUCAUUGUGUCAGGAUGGGUGUGUUCGUGUCCAGUCGUUGUGAUUAUCGCUGCUCUCGGAGAAUACAAGUCAGUCGUCAUUCAAUCCACGGCUGAAAAAACAACACGAAUGUGCUGGAUCACAAAUCACUACAUUCACUACAUAGUGAACAUCGGCUACUAUUCCUUGGUCUUCAGUUUCACAACAGGAGUCUUCGUCAUGAUCGUCACCAAAAUGAUUCAAGCAAGAAACGUGCGCGUGGCUGAUGUCAAGAAAGCAGCGCUGAAGAAGCGUCUGCUGAUGAUCUUGAGUCUGUUUGUUCUCCUGGGCUUGACGUGGGCCGUGGCUUUCUUCAGUUAUGGAGACAUGAUCAUCCCGUCCUACUAUAUCUUCUGUGUGCUCAACUCUUUUCAGGGGUUUUUUCUCUUUCUGUAUUAUUAUCACAUUCGUAAUGAUGUCGAGGGCAGUUUCUCUGAUGAUCCCGACAGAUCCUCUUCCUCCAUUAACACUACACAAGAGAAUAUCUAAACAUAAUAGUGAAGGUGCUGUGUUUCCUCUCAUAAUGAGUACACAUCACCACGUACAAUUUCAUAUGUUGUGUAGUUUUCAGAUACUUACAGUUUUUUUCAACUGCUAACAAGCGUUGUUCAAUACUGAAGCCACAUUUUCAAAACUCUUCACACAGUCUGCAUUACCAACAUGACUGUUGGCCAAACACAACUCACAAAACUCACUCCGACCAACAAAACACUUCAUCUAUGUCUCAAAAUAAGAUCAUGACACUGACAACAAUUCUCAUUCAGAAAACAUACAUUUCAUUCAUAACAUACUGACCUAAAAAACACUAACAACAAGGAGCAUUAAAGAAAUGAUGAACUUUAUUAGUAACUGUUGAAUUAUUUGUCUCAUAAAUCAGUCUUUCAAAUAAAAUCACUCAUUUUCACUUUAAUGAAUGUACUACAGCAUUUUGUAAUCAGUCUUGUUACAUAUGCGUACAGUAAGUUUUCUUUGUUUAUACAGUAGUACUUCAUCUUUGAAAGUUACAGUACGAAGGUGAAAAAAAGAGGAAAAAAGUUCCAGGUGAUGAUAAAAAAAUAAAGAAUAAAAAUGAAUUCAACACAUCAACAAAAGUACAGUGAGGGUUCUAGUUCUCCCUCUCUCCUGCAUUUGGCCACAAGUUCUCAUCAACAUCACAUCUGAUGUCUUCUCUGGCCAUGCAUCGUGGAAAAUACCGUCUGGAAUGUCUAAUUCAGUUACAGUAUCAUCAAAGGAUGCUUGUCUCACCUGUUGUUCUGUCGGAACAUUUGUACCGUUGAUGCAACUGUUGAACGCGGCAGAUUUGGUUGCACCCUUAGACCGCCUCUCUCAAAGAGAGACCAUGAUUUACUACAUCAUCAAUAAUCUCAUCAGAGAUCACGGCUCUUGGUCUUCCUCUCCUUUGUCUUCCAUGCACUCUCCUUCUCUGAAGCACUCUUCUUUGAUCCAUAUUUACUAACAUCCCCUUUAUAAGUACAGUAAAUCAUGGUCAUGAGACUAAAGCAGAUCACCUGAGCAGGAUUUCAGCUAAAAUUGUCUAUACUUUACGUAAAAUAAUGACUGCAGAAAUGCAUUAGUCAUCAUUCUGUUUUAAAAGUGUUUUUAACCAGUUUGAAAGCAGUGCGUUAGCAUUUGAAAAGUGUGCUGUAAAUUCAUAGUGUUUUGCAGGUUGUGGACUAUAUGAAUGACGAAAGUGUUUGUGAAUUUUGAAAAAUGUGGUCACUGAAUGCAUUUUGUCUGAAAGCAAUGAGAAAUGAGUCACAGUUUGGUCUGCACAGACUUCUGUUUCGCUGAAUGUGUGUUUUGAAAAUGUGGCUUCAGUAUUGAACAAUGCUAGUUGAAAAAAACUGUAAGUUGACAGUUAUGAACCAUUAUUGAUUUACUAAUCUUUCCUGAAAACAUAGGCAGGUUUUGUGAGUCCCUAUUACUCGAAGUUGUUAAAGUUGAGCUCAUGUCCUCCUGUGAAACACAACAGACUCUCAGAUGUAGUUGUGAAUGAUCCUCAGAUCUGUCUGUAUCUGAUGAACAAUAUAAAUCCUGCUCUGUAUGGACACA